AUGCCUAUCGACUACAGUAAAUGGGAUAAGCUCGAGUUAAGUGAUGACGAUGACUUCGAAUGCCAUCCAAAUGUCGACAAAGCCUCAUUCAUAAGAUGGAAGCAAGCUGAUAUUCACGCUAAGCGCGAAGAAAGGAGAAGAAAGAUUGGUUCGCUUAAGCAAAAGAUUUCUCAGGAUGACGUUUUGCUCGAUAGAAUUGAUACAAUGAUCCAGAAAUUGCAGAGUGAGGGUGUUGAAUCUUUUUUCAAAACUAUAGAGGAGCUACGUGAAACUAAUAAGGAAAUGGAAAGUGAAGCUAUCAAAACGGAGUCGACUCCUCAGGGUGAAGGAACUGAGCCUACACCACCGACUUUUGAUCAAAUGAUGAGAAUUCUAUUUGAAAAAAUUCAACAAGAAGUUAAGAAUGAGAGUCCUGAAGAAGUUAGUGAAAGGUUAAUCGAUAAAUUGAAAGAACACCGUGAAAAAUUGAAAAAGAGUCAAGAUGACGCUAAAGUAGAGUUGGAGAAAGAAGAAAAUGAAGCUAGAAAAAAAAUAAUCGUUGAUGAUUUGCACACUGGAUUCGACAAAGCUGUAUUUAUUAAAAAUUAUAACGAUAGUUUCACAUUUAUAUCGAAACAUCCUGAAAUUGUCACUCAAGAAGUGGUGGAUCAAAUAUUGGCCGAGGCAUUUCGAGCUCAGUUGAAAGGGAAAGCCAAAUAUGCAAAACAAUGUGUCCAUCAGGGAUGGAUAACUUCAACCGAUCCACAGGCUCGCGAUAUUUUCCUGAAGGAUGUAAGCGAGACAUAUGAACGUAUCCGCGAACGUUGUAAGGUCAUGAAUGCUGAAAAAACUCAGAAGCCCCAACAGUCUCAGGCGGAGCAGAUUCAAAUAGAAGUUACGGAUCCUAAUUCCUCCCUUAACGUUCAUAUCCCCGAUGAACAUUCCGAAGAUGAAAAAGAAAAGGAAAAAUAUCAAAUUUUUUUGACAUUGCCCGAAGAUUUUCGCGAAGCAUUGAAAACUGGCGAAUUAGUGAAAAUCAACAAGGUUUUAGGUGGGUUUACUGUUGAGGAGGCUGAAAAGAUUUUAGAGAUUUGUGGAAGAGCAGAAGUCUUAUCAAUCGAAGAAGGUAUCAUUGAUGCCACAAAAGGAGAGACAAUUCCUGGUCAAAAUGUUGAUUCCAAAACGUCUGUAGACGAUCAACAACUAUCCGAUCAAACGUCUUGA